AUGAUCGUGGGCCACCAGCCUCCUCUGUCUCUAUUCAGCCACGGGCUCGAUCUGGCGAACUUGGCAGUGGCGUCCGGUGUUCUGGGACGUUCAUGGGACGCGGUUUCUCAGCUUCAGGGGCAACUCGAUGACAAGAAGCGACACCCCUCGUCGCCGUCCUCAUCAUCGGUGGCAUUCAAAGAGUUUCGGCACCCGGAGUUCACAAUCAUUGCUUUCGAUGCCUCGCCGGUGGGCGCGAGCUGUCUCCAAGAGCAGAGCGAUUUGGUUCCCUGGUUGGAGAUCCCUCGCUUCCAUUUCCUCUGCUCCGAGGACGUCCCAUCGUUCUCCGUGAACAGAGCGGCGAUUUCUCUGUUCGACUCUCUGUGUGACGAGCACGGACUCUCGGUCAUGAGAGCUGAGAUUGCAGAAUCUGCUAAGUCUACCCCGUAUAUCAUCACCGGACACGGCGUAGCUGGAUGCGUGGCCUCUCUGUUCACAUUAUGGCUUCUAGAUGCGCUCGAUGCCUCAACCACUAUGCGGCCCCUGUGCAUUACUUUUGGCUCGCCUCUCCUCGGAGACGAUGGCUUCCGACAAGCCAUAUCACAGUUCUCGCCAUGGAACUCUUGCUUCCUGCACGUGGUCCAUAAGGAGGAUCGUUUCCCUAGCCUCUGGCUUCAACCUGAUGGUGAGCCAAGCCUCUACGUGCCUUUCGGUGCAUUCCUCUUGUGUUCCGACUCGCGCGGUGCGUGUUUCGGAGCUCCUGAAUCCGUGACGGAGCUGCUUGCGAGCAGGAGCAGCACAGAGAAUGGUCGAAAUCAAGAGUUGCCAGGCUUUCAUUACGGCAGCAUCAUUGAACGUCUCGAAGGCAGAUCCAUACGCAAGGACCAAAUUUCACUGGCACGGGACGAACCCGAUUCGUUUAGGGCUGGGAUCGUAGCUCAAGUGACGGCGAUCGCCCUCACACAAGUUCAGAUAGAGUCAGUCUUAAAAUCAGAAGAAGAAUCUGCUACCCGAAUCCGAGCGGCAGCAAGAAGCGACGCCUCCAGCAAAGCAAGUGACAUGGAAAGGAGAAGAUACAUGAUCAACCUCGAAUGGUACAAGAAAAUGGCGGCAUCCGAUGGUUUCGGGUAUUACGAUAGCUACAAGAGCAAGCCGAAGAAGCGCGAUCACCACGUCAUCACGUAUAAGGAGACCCUCAAGGAAUACUGGCAGGGCGUCGUCAAGGAAUCGGAGAAGAAGCCUCACGGGGAGUGGCUGCGGUCGGGCCGGCUCUUUGGGGGAAACACUUACUACCGGAGGAUGGUUGAGCCGCUCAACAUAGCGGAGUACUAUGCCAAGGGCAAGAGGGAUUACCUAACUCAAGGAAGGUCCAGGCACUACAUUCUAUUGGAGAAGUGGUUAGAAGAGAACCUGCAGAGGGCUGCCUCGCUUAAUCCGGUCAAUUCGAGAGGGAAAGGAUCUCGCCCAACAUUCUAA